UCAGGCCAAGACGCCCAGCCACGAGCCCAGCCACAAACCCACCCGCGCUAAACCCAAUCGGGCCGGUCAUCUUUGGCUGCUGCCUUCAAGCCUGCGACCAUCAACCGUCACAACGACUACGACUACGACUUCUCCUUGCAUCAUUCUCUCUCCGUUGCUCCCUUCUCGGAUUUGGAGUCUAUCACUCGCUGUAUUAAGACAUUUCUCUGGAUUAGAUCGAUCCUUCGAAUCAAGAGGUGUUGGAUUCUCCAUCUCUUCCCUCCCUGUCCUUCACGACGAGACCCCGAUCCGCUUGAUCGACGUCAUCUCCGCCCUACGCCUGACAAUCCUCAUCCACGUCUGGGUGCCACCAUGGGUCUCAUCUACCCCCGUCGAACAUGUUACGUGGACUCCUGGGGAUACCCAAAUGACUGCCGGAGUUCCUGGAGUCAAUGGGGUCGCUGGGUAGCAUUUGCCGUGAUCGUUGGCUGUGCUUUUAUUAUCUUCUUCUUAUUUGCAUGCUAUAACGCUCGUCGACGCCGUCGGGCUGGUCUCCGACCUCGCCCCGGCACGGGCUGGAUGGCUGGCCCUCCUCCGCCCUACCCCGGCGGCAACGGCAACAACCAGCAACAUCAACAACAACCUUACUAUCCCGCCGACCCUUACUACCAGCAACCUCCCCCGCCCCAGUAUACGCCCCAACCUCCUGCUUACGGGUACUUUGGAGGCCAGCAGACCGGGGUGGAGAUGCAACGACCGCAGAAUGCCUACCAGGCGGAUGGGGGACCGGUGUAUCCUGCGCCUCCGGGGCCGCCUCCCAACGGAGCCAAGGCGUAAGGGCUGACUGGCUGGUUUGGUGGUUACCAUGGUCGUAUCCUCUCGGAACGACCAACCAUGACAUACGAACAGAAAGAAACAAAAAACAAUCGAAAUAUUACGAUAAAAAAAG